AUGUCGUGCGGCAGCACGAUCCGCUCGGCCGGCACGGAGUGGAGGCUAACCCGCGCCGUCGUGCACCUGGAGGACGCCUGGAAGGGUAGAGUCAGCCCCUGCCCGCCGCUGGAGAAGAUCGAGCCCGCUACGCGGGCGCUGUUCAAGAUGAGGUGGAAGUACCAGGGCCUAGAGUUCCUGGUGGUUCACCUGCUGCUCUUCAUGUCGAUGGUGGAGACGCCCGCGUGGUGCAUGACGAACGGCAGGUGCUUCUGGAGCUGCUACCCGGACUUCUCGAGGAACUACCACAUGUCCCAGGUCACCGCCACACUGAUCGAGGGGCUGCUGCUGCUGGUGCUCUCGGUCAUCGCUCUCGUGGAUGUGAGCCCUAUUGCAAAGGGGUGCACACGCGACGCUCGAUGGAUUCUUCGCGUAUAG